CUUCUUUUGCUUUUCCCGGCCCACCAGGAGUCCAGUCUCCACGCCCCUUGAGUCUCACGGGUGUUAAAGCUGCUAAUGUCACAGCUUCCUGGGAACCGGCGCUUUCUCAAGCCUGCACUGCAAGGUGGGUCUUCUCAGCAGAAGGAGAGGGCAGUGAAACAGAUGGAUACGCAAAAUGCGAGGAGGAGGAGGAAGCUGAGGAGGAGUUGGUGAGUCAGAAAGCAGUGCUCAGCCUGGCAGCAGUGAGCCUCUCACAAGCACGGGGAAGCCUAAGCCGUUCACCAGGUCUUCCACUUCAGCACAACGAUAAUGCCAAAAAAGCUGAGGCUGCUCCUGUUCCUGGCUGCCCAGGUAGCCAUCUUCGCUCUCUUGUUCCACCUGUAUGACAGCUCCCUACCUGGGAAGGAGGAGCCCAGGCCCGUUCACGUGCUCGUCCUGUCUUCCUGGCGCUCUGGCUCUUCCUUUGUAGGGCAGCUUUUCGGACAGCACCCAGAUGUCUUCUACCUGAUGGAGCCUGCCUGGCACGUGUGGAUGUCCUUCACGCAGAGCACUGCCUGGAAGCUGCACAUGGCCGUGCGCGAUCUGCUGCGCUCUGUCUUUCUGUGUGACAUGAGCGUCUUCGACGCGUACUUGAAUCCUGGUCCUCGGAAACAAUCCAUCCUCUUCCACUGGGAACACAGCCGGGCCCUCUGUUCCCCACCUGCCUGCAACAUCUUCCCUCGGGACAAGAUCACCUACCAUGCUCACUGUAAGCUCCUGUGCUAUCAGCAGCCCUUCAAGGGGGUGGAGGAGGCCUGCCGCUCCUACAGCCACGUGGUGCUCAAGGAGGUGCGCUUCUUCAACCUGCAGUCCCUCUACCCGCUGCUCAUGGACCCCCUGCUCAACCUGCACAUCGUGCACCUGGUCCGGGACCCCCGGGCUGUGUUCCGUUCCCGAGAACACACCACAGCGGAACUCAUGAUUGACAGUCGCAUCGUAUUGGGGCAGCUUUGGCAAACUCUCAAAGAGGAGGACCGGCCAUAUCACGCCAUGCAGAUUAUCUGCCAAAGUCAGCUGGAGAUGUUCAAGGCUAUCCAGUUCUUGCCUGAAGCCCUGCGGCAGCGCUACCUACUGGUGCGCUAUGAAGAUCUGGUGCGGAUGCCCCUGGCCCAGACUUCCCGGAUGUAUGAGUUUGUGGGGUUGAGAUUCUUACCCCAUCUCCAGACUUGGGUGCACAACAUCACACGGGGCAAGGGUAUGGGUCAGCAUGCCUUCCAUACAAAUGCCAGGAAUGCCCUCAAUGUCUCCCAGGCUUGGCGCUGGUCCUUGCCUUAUGAGAAGGUUUCUCGACUUCAGGAAGUCUGUGGUGAUUUUAUGGAUUUGAUGGGCUACCUCCAUGUCAGAUCCCACAAAGAGCAGAACAACCUAUCACUGGAUCUUCUGUCUAGCUGGAGGCCCUUGGAGCAAGUGUACUAAGAGGGUCAAGGAGGCUCUGUCCCCAUCUGGUCCUGGCCUCGGUUCCAUUCCCUGCAUGCUUCUGAGCCUUAACUGGGUCUCUGUAAAUUAUGUACAUUGCACAUGAGUUGUGCCUACAUAUGCUCAAGCAGAGAAAGCUUUGCGUCUACACUGUGGUCUGAAAAAAGCAACUCAAGAACCUUGUGUGAACAGUAUGUUCCACAAGGAAAUGUAAUGUUGCCUAUCUUCUCUUCUUGACUUUCUAUCUGUGCAUAACUUGGAGACUGUUAGAGUCUGUUAGACACCGUGCAGUAUUGGUGGAGUAAACCCAUAAAGCUCUCUGUCUACACCUUGCCCAGGGGGAAAGAGGAGAGACAAUAAAUUAACAGGGAAAUGGGUCUUUCACCAAAGAUCUCACCAGCACAUUCCAAAGACAUGAACUCUAAGCCCUCGGAUUUUGCAGAAGAUUGAAGGAGGGAACUGAUGCCUGUCUUUGAGCUUAAGGUCACAGCUAUCAUUGUCACAAACACAAAGUUUACAACAGGCCAAGCUUUUGAACUCAGGGAGUGGCUGAACUCUAUUUGGACAUUGUUUCUCCCAGUGUUUUCCAAUCACGCACAGACUUUGAUCUGUUAAGCUGCCAUCCAUUAUUAAUAAGUUUCUGUUUAGAACGUACCCUUGUAUGACUUCUAAUUACUAAUUAUCUUAUUUUUAUGGGACCCUACCCUAAGAACAUAUCACCUUUAUAGAUUUUUAUAUGUUUGCUGUUAUCUAUCACCCCCUAUAUAUAAAAAUUGCUGUAACAGUGUUUGGUGUCAGA